AUGGCCGAGUCCCAGCUGAGCUGCCUGGACGAGACGCACGUGAACGAGAGGGUGACCGAGGCGCAGGCCGCCUUCUACUACUGCGAGCGGCGGCGCGCCGCGCUGGAGGCGCUGCUGGGCGGCGGCGAGCAGGCCUACCGCGAGCGGGUCAAGAAGGAGCGGCUGCGGGACUUCCUCUCCAGCCAGGAGCGCCAGGCCCUCCGCGCCUCCUGGAGCCCCUACGAGGAUGUCGCCGCCGCCGCCACCGCCCGGGGCAAGAGCAAGGCCAAGGCCAAGACCCCGGCGCAGGCCGCGGCCGAGCCGGGUGAGUCCCUGGCCUACUGGCCCGACCGCUCGGACACCGAGGUGCCCCCGCUGGACCUGGGCUGGACCGACGCGGGCUUCUACCGCGGCGUGAGCCGCGUCACCCUCUUCACCCACCCUCCCAAGGACGAGAAGGCGCCCCAUCUGAAGCAGCUGGUCAGGCAGAUGAUCCAACAGGCCCAGAAGGUCGUUGCUGUGGUCAUGGACCUCUUCACCGAUGGCGAGAUCUUCCAAGACAUUGUGGACGCCGCCUCCAAGCGCCGGGUCCCCGUAUAUGUCAUCCUGGACGAGGCGGGUGUGAGCUCCUUCCUGGAGAUGUGUCAGGGCUUGGAGCUCCCUGACUUCCGUGUGCGCAACAUCCGUGUCCGCUCUGUGACAGGUGUGGGCUUCUACAUGCCCAUGGGGAAGAUCAAGGGGACCCUGUCAUCAAAGUUCCUCAUGGUAGAUGGGGACAAAGUAGCCACUGGAUCCUUCAGCUUCACCUGGAGUUCCUCCCACGUGGACAGGAACCUCCUCCUCCUCCUGACGGGGCAGCACGUGGAGCCCUUCGACGUGGAGUUCCGGGAGCUGUACGCCAUCUCCGAGGAGGUGAACUUGUACCAGCAGCUGGGCCUGGCAGGAGGCGCUGGCAGGCCCGGCCUCCACUACUCCUCCACCGUGGCGCGCAAGCUGAUCAACCCCAAGUACGCCCUGGUGGCGGGCAGCCGGCCCCCGCCUGGGGAGAUGAUGCGCUGGGCUGCCCGGCAGCAGCAGGAGGCCAGCGGCCGUGCCGAGGGGCAGGAGGAGGGCGGCAAGGGCGAGUCGGCCCGGCGCCUGGAGAGCUUCCUGCACGACCUGGCCACCCUGGAGCAGGUGCUGCCCCCCGUGGAGCCACUGCCCCUGGGAGAUCUGAGUCGGAGGGACGCCCGGGGGGUCUCCCACCUGCACACGGACCUGAAGUCCAGACCCCGAGAAGCCCUUGCCCGACACAGCAAGGGAGAAGCUGCCAACGGGGAGGCCACCCUGGCCAAGGAGGGCAGGCGCUUUGGCAGCAGGAUCUUCAGCCUACGGUCCAAGAGGCCCGCGGCACCCAACGGUACAGCCAGCGCCCUUUCCCCCAAGGCCUUGGCCGAAGCGGAGUUUAUGACGGGGAAGAGGCCCAAUGAGGGCUCCAGUGCCAACAUCUCAGGUAAAGGCAGUCCCAGUCCUGCCAAGAACAGCAAUUGCGUGAUCUCCUGA